AUGACCAAUUUCAUAAAGGAAAACGGAGAAGACGGCGACGGUGACGAUGACGACGAUGACGAAGACGAAGACGAAGACGGUACGGUAAGAGCGGUAAGAGUUGCGCUACGUGUAUACCGCCACGCAGACAGUCACUUACCUCGAGCGACGAGUGUCAGCGUUAGGAGCGAUCAUAAGCAGUCGUACAAAACGAACUUCGACAGCAGUUGUCUGCAGGCGUCGUUUUUCUUGAUGUUAACGACGCCGGGUCGAUUCGCUGUUCUGCAAUGGAGAUGGGAUCUGCGACGAGACCCGGCGCAGCAGAGGCGGGACAGACUCGAGGGUUGGGCCAUCGGCCCAUCGGCCCAUCGAGGCAUCGAGGCAUCCGUAACCGAUCGACCGCUGUUGUGCGACUGGCUGUUGAGUCGUGGGAGCAAACGUCGCAAGGGUCGAAUUGAGUCGUGUCAAAUCGACAGACUCCUACCGCUUCGGACGUACCCGCAAACACAAGCGUAG